AUGGCGUCCUCAUUAUCGUCUGAGAGUGAUUCGGAGGGUGACCUGGCUCAUUUAGAGGAGUUACAAGGAUCAGACGAUAAUGAAACUCAAUCAGAAGGCUUCAUAAGUGACUCAGAUGAGGAAUAUUUGCCAGAGAAUGACAGUGAGGCUAGUAGUUACGAGGAAGAGAGUGAUGGAAGUGUUGACGAUGCAGACAGGCCACGCAGCCCAGCACUGCCGGCUCCCCUGCACGCCUUCACUCUCAUGGCUGAUCCCUUUGCUGAUCAGCGUCCUGGCACUGUUCCUGUCCUAACUGAGGACUUUUCUGGCGUUCAUCCUGAUGUACCAAGGAAUGACAUGAGUGCUUUGGACUGCUUCGAGCUAUUCAUGUCAGACGAGGUGAUACAGUCGCUGUGUUUGUGGACGAAUGUCCGUGCAACCAAGUUCUUCAGGGACAACCCAACAAUAAAUCCCAACAAGUUUAUGGGAAAAAAGUGGCUUGAUGUCACAAAGGAUGAGAUGAAUGUCUUCUUAUGUCUGCAGCUACUGAUGGGAGUCAACAAGUUGCCAAAGAUAGCAGACUAUUGGAGUCUCUCUGUGCUCUGCCAGGGCCCCCCUGUGUUCACAGCUGCUGUAAUGAGUAGGAAUAGGUUUUCUCAGAUCCAACGGUUCAUUCGUUACUCACAUCCUGAUGACAGCAAGAAAGAAGACCCAAUGACCAGACUUUCAUCAUUUUUCAACAUGCUGAGGGAGAAAACCACCAAGUACUUCUCCGCUGGGGAGAAUUUUGCUGUUGAUGAGAGUCUUAUUCUCUACAAAGGGCGGCUUCGCUUUCGCCAGUAUAUAAAAACGAAAAGGAAGCGGUUUGGCCUCAAGCUUUUCUCCCUCUGCCCCAGCUCCCCCAAGGCCAGAGGUUAUACCUGGAACUUUUGUUUGUACAGCCAUCGUCUCUAUGAUGAGAUGCUGGAUAAUCCGGAGUUAUCAGCCUUGUCUAAGUCUGAAAGAGUGCCAGUAUAUUUGAUGCUGGACCUUCUGAAUAAAGGACGUCAUGUAGUACUCGACAACUGGUACUCUUCACUUCACCUUGCUGAGUUUUUGCUGGAGAGGGGCACACUAACCACAGGAACUAUACGCCCAAACAGAGGAGUCCCACCUAUUAUGAAAAAUGAGUCUCUAAGCAGAGGUCAAGCACUGUUUUCCAGGAAAGAUGAAAUUCUCCAAGUAAAAUUCAGAGAUACCAAGUGUGUGCACGUCAUCACAACAAAGUAUGAAGCAGGGUUUGUAGAGAGGACUCGUGUCCUGAAGGGAGGAAAGCAGGAGUUCAUCAAGAAACCAUCACCAAUUCAGAGAUAUAAUGAGCAGAUGGGGGCAGUGGAUUUGGUUGAUCAGCUGUUGGAGCCACCUGAUCCAACACGAAAAUCAUAUACAUGGUUCAAGAAGCUAGGACUCCAUAUGAUCUCAAGAAUGUUGCUCAAUGCUCGGACCAUCUACUGUAAUCUUCAUCAGCAAAGACACUGGAUGGAGUAUGGAGAGUUUAUCAAGCUGGUGGUCCAUCAACAACUCACUCGGUGCUCACCUGGAUACCGGCAGUUGUGUUCGGAAAGGAAGAAAGACCUGAGCCUGAGAAAGAAGAAGUCUGCUAUGGUUGAAGAACCAAGGGAGUGA